AUGGAUGGAACCUCUUCAUCCUCCGUGGCCAUGGACGCCCCCAAGCCAUGCAUCGGCAUUCUGUCCAUCGGAGACAUGGGGCUGGGAAUCUCCAAACUGCUCCGCGCUCACGACUAUCCAGUGUCCGCCAAAAUCACCCUCCUGGAGAAUGACUCCGAACUCGUCUCCCAAGCAGACAUCAUACUCAGUAUCGUCCCACCUCGAGAUGCCAUCGCUACAGCGCGCCGCAUUGCAAACGCUUGCCAUUCAUCAGCAGGCAUCACAGCACGAAACGCGCGGCGUGGCACCACCUCUGCUCCUCUGAACCUUACCUUCGUCGACCUGAACGCCAUCUCGCUCAAUAGCGUCACACUGAUCUCCAACCUCCUCAGCUCCAAACCAGCGGAAGAAAGACGACCUGAGCCUCCCCGUCGCCAAGCUUCCCUCCUCAGCGUUUUCUCCUCCUCCCCACCCAAAGACCCACCUCCAGAGCCCAUCCCGAUAACCUUCAUCGACGGCGCCAUCAUCGGCCCACCACCGCGCCAGAAACCCGAGCACAACAAGGAAUGGACCCUCCCCUCCCUCUCGUCCUCUCCCUCCCUCUCGCCCGACCUCCCCCAGAUCCUCCACGUCACCCAUGUCUCUCCCCAGCUCGGCGGCGCCAGCACCCUGAAAUCCUGCUUCGCCUCCCUCACCAAGGGUCUGACGGCCCUGUCCCUCCUCUCCUUCACCACCGCGCAAUCCGCCUCCCUACUUCCCCACCUGACCGCCCACCUCGAGAAAUACUCUCCCGGCACCCUAUCCCUGGUCAAGAACGCUCUCCCUGCCGUGCCCGCCAAGGCGCAUCGGUGGGUCGACGAGAUGCGCCAGGUGGGCGAGAAUUUCGCCGAGGUCGGCGGUUUGCAAGAGGGUAAGGAGGUCUUUGAUGGCUUUGCGGGCCUGUAUGCGUUGGUGGCCGAAGAGACGGAGGUGGGGAGGGAGGCGAAGAGGGGGAAGACUGUGGAGGAUGCGCUUGCGACGGUGGAGGCCGGGGUGAAGAGGAGGAGAAGAAAACAGGGUGGGGUGGGGGAGGAGGGAGAAGAGGAUCUGAGUCUGACGUGGAGGGGUUCGUGGACUUGA